CUCGUUACUUCGAUAACUAGUGCACAAGCAAACAUCUUGUACAAUUUUCUCCGAAUUGUUGAAAUAAGUUUCUGUGAAUUUGUUAAAUCAAGUUUUAGUAACAAAUAAUUAAAUAAAACGUCGAAAAUGCAUUAAAAGCCUAAAAAUAAUGACAUUAAAAAUGCUAGAACUCCAAGAACUUGUAAAUGGUUAGUUAAAAAAUUAACUGUUUUUAAUGAGAAAAAAAUUUAAUGAAUAUAUACUAAAAAAAACAACGUAGACAAAGCACCCUCAUAAUAAAAUUACACAGAAACAGAAGAAGAGUACGAAAAGAGAGAUUUUUAACGUACGAAAAAAUAACGUAGAGUGAAUAAAAUAAAAAGAAAGAAAAAUAAGUUUUUUUUUCUGUGUGGAGGCUAAAGUAAAGUGUAAAGAAGUUUGUAGUGUGUGUUGUGUUAAAAAGAAGAAAUAAAGAAAGAACGAAAGAAGAAAACAUUUAACGACCUAAAAAGUUUUUGUGUGUUUUACCAGAGAAACUCAUUACGAAUUCUAAACAUGGAUGAUACUAGUAUACAGGACAAGGAGCGCUAUGCCAGCCGUGAAAAUCAUUGUGAGAUUGAACGAAGAAGACGUAACAAAAUGACGGCGUAUAUUACGGAAUUAUCAGAUAUGGUGCCCACUUGCAGUGCUUUGGCCAGAAAACCCGAUAAACUUACCAUAUUGCGUAUGGCAGUGGCCCAUAUGAAGGCUCUACGUGGUACUGGCAACACCAGCAGCGAUGGCACCUACAAGCCAUCUUUUCUAACUGAUCAAGAGUUGAAACACUUGAUUUUAGAGGCAGCAGAUGGUUUUCUCUUCGUGGUGUCUUGUGAUUCCGGACGUGUCAUCUACGUGUCCGAUUCUGUAACACCUGUAUUAAACUAUACCCAAAGUGAUUGGUAUGGUACGAGCCUAUAUGAUCACAUACAUCCCGAUGAUCGUGAAAAAAUUAGAGAACAAUUGUCUACCCAAGAAUCACAAAAUUCGGGACGCAUUUUAGAUUUAAAGUCGGGCACUGUUAAAAAAGAAGGCCAUCAAUCGUCUAUGCGCUUAAGUAUGGGUGCUCGCAGAGGUUUUAUUUGCCGCAUGCGCGUAGGCAACGUCAAUCCCGAGUCGAUGGUUGCAGGGCAUUUAAAUCGCCUGAAGCAACGCAAUUCGUUGGGCCCAUCUAGAGAUGGGACUAAUUUUGCUGUGGUACAUUGCACGGGCUAUAUAAAAAAUUGGCCACCUACCGAAAUGUUUCCCGGCGUACACAUGGAUAGAUCUGAUGAUGAAAUGCAUGGCUCACAUUGUUGUUUAGUGGCUAUAGGACGUUUACAAGUCACUUCUACGGCCUCAACUGAUAUUUCAAAUGCGAAUAAUCAAUCAGAGUUCAUAACACGUCAUGCUGUUGACGGUAAAUUCACCUUUGUCGAUCAACGUGUUAUGAAUAUAUUGGGAUAUACACCACCCGAGCUGUUGGGCAAAAUAUGCUACGACUUUUUCCAUCCGGAGGAUCAGUCUCAUAUGAAAGAGAGUUUUGAACAAGUCCUUAAGCAAAAGGGUCAAAUGUUCUCUUUAAUGUAUCGCGCCAGGGCCAAAUCCGGAGAAUACAUUUGGCUGAGAACUCAAGCGUAUGCUUUCCUAAAUCCCUAUACGGAUGAAGUGGAAUAUAUUGUGUGUACCAAUAGCUCAAAUAAAUCAUCACUACAUACUGGUUCCGCCGGCGGUCAUGACAACAACAAUCCAGAGCAAACGGAACAUGUUUAUGUAACGCCAGGUGUGGAUUAUACUCUACAAGCUAGACGGGAUGUUACGCCAUCCGCUGGUGGUCCAGAUCCCAAUAUGUAUGCCACACAUAAUAUGCUAGCCUCGGGUGGGGCUCCUCCUCCACACUUGGGCCAGGCAGCUGCACAGCCACCACCCAAUGUACAAAGACCAGCUUCUACGCAAAAUCCCAUACCAUACACAUACGACACUACCCACUCGCCUUUGGCUUAUAACACUGCACCGGGAGGUCCAUCGCCCAAUACAGCACACAUGGCUAAAAUACCCAAAGCUAAUACUUCACCAACUCCACAAACGACCAAUUGGCCAUUGAGACCACCGCCGCCACAGCAACAACAGCAGCCAGUUACCGAAGGCUAUCAGUAUCAACAGUCCAGCCCUGCUCGUUCGCCCAAUGGCCCAACAUAUACCCAAUUAAGUGCUGGUAAUGCACGUCAGGCGCCUACAUAUCAAACAGCCCCUACUAAUUCGGCUCCUACUGCCAUGUGGGACUGGCAAAAUGCCCAACAUGCCGCACAUGUCGCCCACCCACAUCCAGCCGUGCAUCCUCACUCUCAUCCCCAUGGCGCCCAUCCACAUGCUCAUAUCCCCGGCCAGGGACCGCCACAGCAAGGUCAGGAAAUAUCCGAUAUGCUUCAAAUGUUUGAUCAAAGUGCAGCUGGAACCUUUGAGGACCUCAAUAUAAAUAUGUUUAAUACACAAUUUGAGUAAGAUGAAGAACACAACACAUAGUAAAACAAAUAUUCAUAAAGAGAAAUCGAACAAAAAAAAUAUACAUAUAAAUAAAUGGCAAAUAUAGAAUUUAAGAAUUUCAUAAAACUAACAAUUAAGGAAAAAACACACAUGAUUAUUUACAUAUACAUAAAUAAAUAUUUGAAAGCAUUAAUUGGAUUUGUAAGAUUUUAGCUAUAAAUACAAUGCAAUCAACUAACAACAACACAUUGUCACAAAAUAUUACAAAAAAUAUGAUUUAGAUUAAUAUGUUUUACUAAAUAAUUUUAUAACUAAAUACACAAUUUAACAUACAGAGUUAGUUGGCUAUCUUCUUGGCCUUUAAUGUAUAACUUUGUAUAACUAGAUAGAUAUUACAAAUAUAUACAAUACAAAACUAUGUCUGAAUAGACAAAUGCAUUCAACAUUCAUCAUAUUCGCUAUUUUAACAGUAAUUGUAUAAGUUAAGUCUGUAAAACUAAAUUGAAACAAAAAUAUAGAAGAUUUUGCAUUUUUUUGACAAAAUUUCAAAAA